AUGCAUUGGAUAAUACCAAGCCAAGCGGUCGCCCUGGCAAGCUUGCCCGAACCUUCCGAUGAAGUUGACUCUGUCAUGGCUGUCAUUCAAGGAUUCUUGGCCGCACUGAGGACCAAAAACCCCGUCGACUUCGAGAAAUACUGUGUUCGAGCAGGAGGAAUGUCUGUUUGGCCACCAUCUCCCACCCUUCCUCGCUUCUGUACCAUUGGGGCUUUCGUGGAGCAAGUGACACGUAUUCAGGACGAAAUCGACGAGCGCAUCUGGGAUCCAGAGGUGAAGGUAUACUCUCCCGGAAACAUGGCUGCAGUAUGGGCACCUUUUCGGGCAAAGGUCAAUGGAGUCGUGCAUCAUGUAGGCGUUGAGCUUUUUAUUCUUCACAAAGUCAACGCCAACAGAGGAAGAAAAGCUGUUGUUGCCAUAGUGGCCAGAAGCAAGAGAUGCCUGUAUGACGUAUUGAGGAGUUUGGACCUUUGGAGGAACGGGGCUGUGUUUGAAUGA